AUGUGGCGGCGACGGCGGCUGGUUGGGUCGGUGCCGCUGACGCUCGUCCGCACCACCCGUGUUGACCCGAAUGGCGUAUCGGGGGCGGUGGACGGCGUCGAGUUCUCAAAAGACGGCGUCUUUUAUGCCGCCGGUGACAAUCAUGGUGUUGUGAGAAUCUAUCGCACCGACAAUGGCAACAUCGUGGGCAAGGUAACGCAUGAGUAUUCAGGCGGUAGCUGCGCAAACUCCGCCGCCGAAAUUAAUGCCGUCGCCUUUUCGCCUGACGGACAAUAUCUGGCCACCGGUGACGGCGGCGAUGGCGGUGCUAAAGUCUGGCGCACCGAUGGUUAUUUUGAUGUCAACAAACCUUGGCAAAAUGACCCUCCGGCUCAUACUUUGAUAGGCCACACGGAAGUUGACGGCCUUGACUGGUCACCAGACGGCAAGUUUAUCGCAAUUGCGUCAAACGCCGACGUAAGGGUCUACGAUGUGCAGAAUGGCUUCGCCCAGAUCGUCAGAAUCCUUGCCGAACCCUCGCAGGGUGCAGUCAACUCCCUCGAUUUCUCAUCCGAUUCCGCCUACCUGGCGUAUGCCGGCGGAUGCAGGGCCCAAGCAUCAAAUCUGUCAGGUUCUCUCCUGAUGACCGGUACCUGGGAUUCGGUGGCCGUGGGCAAGUAA